AUUUUUGUGUUGCUGUGUCUCGGGUUUAAUUUUUGAGCAAGAUAAGGCCUAUCAUUAUUGUUUUAUCCGUGGAUAUUCAAACAUCAGGAAGUAGCUUGGCCUCAAGACAUGUUAUCUGCAUAUAGCACAGCUCUUCUUUUUACAACAUGGAAUAUAGGUGUAUUCGGUAGCAGGUGCUAUUCCGGUUAUAACUGGGCCGGUUGGGGAACAUGCUCACAUAGUUGUGGGGGAGGCUUCAAAGUGCGUCACUGUUACUAUGACAACACCUACGAGAACGAGAGAUGUGGAACUAGAUGCUUGAAUGGGGGAGAGUUUUAUGGCGGGAAAUGUCACUGCGUGCCCGGGACAGUGGGAAGAUGUUGCGACGAUAUCAAGGAAUGUGACAGUAACCCGUGCAAAAAUGGCGGUGUUUGUGUUGAAGGGAUUAACCAUUAUACGUGUAACUGUCCGGCAGGCACCACUGGUCCAAACUGCGAUGAUAUUCUAGAAUGUGCAAGCAACCCUUGUAAAAAUGGAGGCACGUGUCACGAGCACAUCAACUAUUACACGUGUGAUUGUGUAGUCGGAACAACAGGACCUAACUGUGACGAUAUCCUUGAGUGUCAGAGCAAUCCUUGUUUGAAUGGCGGGACUUGUAUUGAGCACAUCAACGGGUACUCGUGCCAGUGUCUUCAAGGAACCACUGGCUACAAUUGCGUCGAUAUCCCUGAGUGUAUAAGUAAUCCGUGCCAGAAUGGAGGCACGUGCGUCGAGAUGAUAAACAUGUACAAAUGUAAUUGUCCCCCAGCAUAUAUAGGUGUAAACUGCGAAAAAUAUUUACUUGCACUACAUGACAGUGUAUGUCGUACCGGAAGUAGGCCAAGUUGUUACAUUGUCUUUCGUACCAAAGAUACCUGGCAAGGGGCAGAGGAGUUCUGUGAAGCAAGGAAUGGGCAUCUAGUUAUACCAGAAGAUACAGAAGAAGCUCUCUAUAUUGAGAACUAUCUGGAAUCUAUGAGAGUUCGGUAUCCAGAGGCAUUGUUUUGGCUUGGAGGAAAGAAGUCGGGAAGAAGCCCUCCAUACUGGGUACAUGGCGAACAAGUGACUGCUUACAGGUGGCCUGUGGGAGUAUCUGACAAUCUACCAGGAACUCAGUGUCUAACUAUGGACGGAAGAUACAACUUUGAAUGGCAGGGUUUCCCAUGUGACAGACCCACAUAUUUUUUGUGUGAAGAAAAGGUUCCAUUUCAGCUGAAUCACACCGGUCCAGUGGUUGGUUAGAAGAAAAUAUAUCAAAGACACUAUAUUUAAAAUUAUAUAUAGAUUUAUUGAAUGAUGAUUGUUUUUCUUAAAAAAUAUAUAACAACAUUUUAAAGUAUCACCAUGAAAAGGAAUGCAUACAAAAUAUGCAAAUGUUUAUAAUACAAAUCUAUGGACUAAUCCUUUUGUUGGAAAUGACAAGCAUAUAAGGUCAUACUUCGUUAGCUUGAACUCGACAAGCAAAAUUUGUGAGUUGUCAGAAGUUCGAGCCAUCAAUCAAAAUAAGUUACACAGGAAUUUUGCGGGGACCUGAUGACGAGUUUGAGCAUAGGGUGGUGUAUGAAUUUUCCAAGUUCGAGCUAAUGAAGUUUGACUGAAUGUGAUUUUAAAACACAAGUGGAUUCCCCAGAACUUUUUAUGGUUAGUCUGAUGUUACUUUUAUAUGUUUUAUAUAAAAUAAAAGAGACACCUAUUUUCCUUCCUCUGAAAA